AUGCUCGAGUUUAGCGCUGAAGUGAUUGCGGACUUUGCGACCGCGACAGAUGAUAACUUCCGUAUGGACCCUUUCAAUCCUAGCACCGAGGACACCACUCGACGCGGUACUACACUGAUCUAUCGUGAUGUGCUGCUCUUUUACACCAUCUUCAACGCAGUCAAGUCCAGUGACUUCGGUCGUGUCGAGAUACUCCUGGGGCAGGCCACGAUUUGGUUUGCCGGAGCGGGCGGCCACAACUACUGGAACGAGCUAUUGCACUUCAUUCAAAACCUACGGAAAGACUGGCCGGAGGACUUUGACGACAUCGUGCUAGACAACAUGCUGAUGAACACGUCAUGCUGUGAAGAUCAGAAACGUCUCAUCCAUAUUCUCAAGCUACGUGAAAUCUCUCCCGGAGCGAACAUCUGGCGCCGGCUUCUUCGCGUAUUUCGUGAGACCCUCGGGGUCUACAAGAGCAGCUCACAUCCCAAAAUCAUCACGAGCAUGCUGGUUAGUCGUGUCCGCGCUAAGACCGGCGACAGGCACCUCUUCGAGUUCGAUGCAAGCCAUGCCACAAGUAGGGCUCGGACGGUGGACAUGCUCGAGAAAGGAGUGCACGAUGUGCAGACGGCGCGUUUAGCCGACUUUCACCGUCGGCGCAGGGCAUUGAUGAUGUCCAGCAUGUACUAUCGGCUUGAAGAAGUCACAGACUCGGACAAGAACACGAUGCUGCAAGCGGACAAUAAUCUCGGCUUAGAGGCGCUCAUCGAUAAGUCGGCCGUGGUGGUUGAAGUAGAAGAGAUUUUCCGCUCGGAGGGUUUUGAGAUGGGUCAGUUCAUUACCAGGAGCACAGAAAGCACAGAAUAG